UUAUACCAUUAUUUUUCUGUAUAUGCAUAAAGUUUUCCAUUAUAGAAUAUCUAAAAAAAAUUACCAGCUUGCAUGUAGCAGCCUGAAACCAGUUUUGACUGUUAUUUGGGAGCCACUGUUGUCAUUUGGAUUCACAAUCCCCAGACACAUCUACUGGGGAUCCAGUGGUAAACCAAUUAUUGUAAAUCCUAUGUUUGAGAUACUUUGACUAGAGGCUAAUAUGCCACAUGAUUAAGGGUAAUUAAUUGGGACCCCUCAUUACUGGCAGACAUGGGGAGAGGAAGUGUUGUGUAGUUACUUAACUGUCAUUAUUCAAACUACUGAAUAUUUAUCAGAACAUCAAAUGAAAUGAUAAACAUAUUCUCUUUCCUGGAAUCAUAGAAAAGAGAGAAAUAAUUUGAAUUGGAGGCUAGUAUGUCUUAGAUAUUUCUUCCUACAGAUUUACAAAGAUUUCACCAAAAACUAAUAAACUCAGCAGAACUGGGCUUUUAGUACUGAUAGAUAAAAUUUGAGUCAUUGACAAAGUAGUUAUUCAUUAGCUGACUUUUAAGAGUUUUGUUAAGAAGUCUUAUUCAUAUCUUAUUACCAGUUUUGUAUUUGUCAUUUAGUAUUUUAAUUGCCUUUAAUAUUCAUUGUCUCUGGAUUAGGAAGGACUGUAAUGUGAUGGUGGCAUUUUACAUAUUACAUGUUGUGGUUCUUUCUAAUCUAGAGACUCAUGAAUAUUAGGCAUUCCUACUACUUUAGGAUUUCAUAGGCUCAAAGUAUCUCACCCCAAAUAUUUAUUGCUACAAACAGAAAGAUAUUAACUUUAUAGUGGAGACAACCAGGUGACACCUAUUAACCAAGUAACCAAGGUUGACAUCACAAGUAAUAGGACAUCACAAGUAAAGGACAUCAUAAACCCCUUGGUGUGUCUUCUCACUGAGGACACAUCAUUGUUCUCUGGUGUUCUUACCAAAAUGCAAAACCUCAUUCCAAACAUAGGAAAAAAAUUAGUCAAAGGAACUAUUAUAGAUUGGAAGAAACUAAGGAAAAGUAACAACUAAAUGUGGGAUCCUCUUGAUCACAGCCGAGUUAAGUUGACUUUAAAGACUCCUUCUCAAGAUUCAGACUAUAUCAAUGCAAAUUUUAUUAAGGGUGUUUAUGGGCCAAAAGCGUAUGUGGCAACCCAAGGACCGUUAGCAAAUACAGUAAUAGAUUUUUGGAGGAUGAUAUGGGAGUACAAUGUUGUAAUCAUUGUAAUGGCCUGUCGAGAAUUUGAGAUGGGAAGGAAAAAAUGUGAACGCUAUUGGCCUUUGUAUGGAGAAGAACCUAUAACAUUUGCACCAUUUAAAAUUUCUUGUGAAGCUGAACAAGCAAGAACAGACUACUUCAUUAGGACACUCUUACUUGAAUUUCAAAAUGAAUCUCGUAGGCUGUAUCAGUUUCAUUACGUGAACUGGCCAGAUCAUGAUGUUCCCUCAUCGUUUGAUUCCAUUCUGGACAUGAUAAGCUUAAUGAGGAAAUACCAAGAACAUGAAGAUGUGCCUAUUUGUAUUCAUUGCAGUGCAGGCUGUGGAAGAACAGGUGCCAUUUGUGCCAUAGAUUAUACAUGGAAUUUACUAAAAGCUGGGAAAAUACCAGAGGAAUUCAAUGUAUUUAAUUUAAUACAAGAAAUGAGAACACAAAGGCAUUCUGCAGUACAAACUAAGGAGCAGUAUGAGCUUGUUCACAGAGCAAUUGCCCAACUGUUUGAAAAACAGCUACAACUGUAUGAAAUUCAUGGAGCCCAGAAAAUUGCUGAUGGAGUGAAUGAAAUUAACACUGAAAAUAUGGUCAGCUCCAUGGAUCCUGACAAACAAGAUUCUCCUCCUCCAAAACCACCAAGGACCCGCAGUUGCCUUGUUGAAGGGGAUGCCAAGGAAGAAAUACUUCAGCCACCAGAACCUCAUCCAGUGCCACCCAUCUUGACACCCUCUCCCCCGUCAGCGUUUCCAACAGUCACUACUGUGUGGCAGGACAAUGACAGAUACCAUCCAAAGCCAGUGUUGCACAUGGUUUCAUCAGAACAACAUUCAACAGACCUCAACAGAAACUAUAAUAAGUCAGCAGAACUUCCAGGGAAAAAUGAACCAGCUAUUGAACAGAUGGAUAAAAAAUUGGAGCGAAAUUUAAGUUUUGAGAUUAAGAAGGUCCCCCUCCAAGAGGGACCAAAAAGUUUUGAUGGGAACACACUCUUGAAUAGGGGACAUGCAAUUAAAAUUAAAUCGACUCCACCUUGUAUAGCUGAUAAAACCUCUAAGUCCCAGGAAUUGAGUUCAGGGGAUCUUAAAGUAGAUGAUAUUUCUCAGAAUUCUUGUGUGGACUGCAGCGUAACACAGUCAAAUAAAGUUCCGGGUGUUCCACCAGAAGAAUCACAGAAGAAUUCAGGCACACCUCCAAGGCCAGACCGCUUGCCUCUUGAUGAGAAAGGACAUGUAAUGUGGUCUUUUCAUGGACCUGAAAAUACCCUACCCAUGCCUGAGUCAUCUGAAGGCAAACCCUCAGAUCUCCACUGUCAAACGAUGAAAACUGUGAGUUUAACACCAAGCCCCACAACACCAGUUGACACCCAUGAUCCUGCAGAUCAUCAUAACAGCUCGCCUCUCUUUAGAGCACCCCUCAGUUUUACUAAUCCUCUUCACUCUGAUGACUCGGACUCAGAUGAAAGGAACUCUGACGGUGCCAUGACCAAGAAUAAAACUAGUAUUUCAACAGCAAGUGCCACAGUUUCUGCUGCCACUAGUACUGAAAGCAUUUCUACAAGGAAAGUAUUGCCAAUGUCCAUUGCUAGACAUGAUAUAGCAGGAACAAUACAUUCAGGUGCUGAAAAAGAUGUUGAUGUUAGUGAAGAUUCACCUCCUCCCCUACCUGAAAGAACUCCUGAAUCCUUUGUGUUAGCAAGUGAACAUAAUACACCUAUGAGAUCUGAAUGGAGUGAACCUCAAAGUCAGGAACAGUCCGAACAAAAAAUAUCUGAAGGCUUGACAACCCCUGGAAGUGAAAAAUGUGAUCAUCUAGCAGGAGGUAUUCACACAGAGACUUGUACAGAAUGUCCACCUAUUUUCAGUAACAAGAAAGACCAACUAUCAGAAAGUCCAACAGAGGCCACAGAUAUUGGUUUUCGUAAUCGCUGUGGAAAACCCAAAGGACCAAGAGAUCCACCUUCAGAAUGGACAUGAUUCAGGGAGCUAACAGACACUUUAAAUUAGACUGGAAAAUUCAAGUGCCACUGAAAGCCAGAUUUAUAGUAUUCCAUCUUAAAAACGUGGGACUAACAGCAGUGUAGAUUGUUGCCUUAGUAUUUUUUUUUGCUAGGACCAUCUACCUGCCUUAUACUACACUUAGGAAAAAGUAUUACAUAUGGUUUAUUUUGUAACUUCAAGUAUUAUUGCCUUAAUGUCUCUUAACCCUGUUACACGCUGCUUGUAGACAUGUUAAUAUAGUAAUACUUUUAUGAUAAAUUGAGUUUAAGGACUACUCUUUUGCUAAUGUUUUAUCAUGUAUGCAUUAUUUUGUAUAUGUACAGGGCAAGUAGGUAUAUAAUUUGAUAAAGUUGCAGUCAUAAAAUAUUAUUAACAGAAGAUGUAAGAAAUUUCUGCAUGGUCUAAAUCUUUGUGUACCUUAUUUGUAAAUUAUUUGCCCUGAAGUUUUAGAAAAUAGUUUCUGAAUUUUAAAAUUGCUGGAUUCAUGCAGCCAGCGUUGCAGGUUAUCAGAGAUCAAAGAUUGUAAUAAUACAUUUUGUAAAUUGUAAGCAAAAAGUUAUUUUUAUAUUAUAUACUGUCUAAUUGUCCAUCCUAAUUGUCCUUGUUUUCAUCUAGUCAUGGAGAUUCAGUAAGUGCCUUGGAACAAUAUUGAAUUCUCUUA